GAAGAAGAAGUAGAAGAAGAAGAAGAAGAACCUCUAGCGAGAAGCCGACUCGCCUCUUUCUCUGCUCAGUUUCAUGCAGAAAGUGUGUGUGUGCGUGCAGGAUGGAUAUGUCCAGCAGGCUGCUGGUGUGGUACGAGCUGGCUGAGAGCUGUGGUCUAACUACAGUGCAGCAAGGCCUGCAGCAGGUCUGGAGACUGAUGCUGCUCUGCCUCAUCUGCAGACUGUGCUUCACACUUGGAGGUUUGUCCACUGUGAAGCAUGUAGUUUCAGUGUUGGCUGGGAUGUACAGCCUCUACCUCUUUUUUGAGUCCCAAAUGCUGUGGGUGCUGUUGCUCAGUGCACUCUGCUACCUUGCUCUGCUCUUCAGUCGAGACUCCUGCACCAGAGGCCCCUUCCUCUCGGUUGUCAUCCUCAUCUACCUCCUUAUUGGAGAGCUGCAGUUAAUUGACAUGGUGACCUGGCAUAAGAUAAGAGGCUCUCAGAUGGUGGUGGCCAUGAAGGCCAUCUCUCUGGCAUUUGACCUGGACAGAGGUGCAGUGAACAGCCUCCCCUCCCCAGCUGAGUUCCUGGGCUAUCUUUUCUUUGUGGGCACUGUUGUAUUUGGUCCUUGGAUCAGCUUCUCCAGUUAUAUGAUUGCUAUUGAAGGCAGAAAACCGAGCUGGGCGUGGAUGCAGAGUUCAUUCCUUAGCCUCCUGAAGAGUCAGAUCUGUUUGCUGGUCUCAACUUGCAUCGGCCCUUACCUCUUCCCUUUGUUCAUACCCAUCUAUGGAAACACAGUCACGCAGAAGUGGCUGCAUGCUUAUGAGAAUGCAGUGUCCUUCCACUUCAGCAACUACUUUGUGGGUUACCUAAGUGAAGGCACCAGCAAGCUAGCUGGAGCAGGCUUCACUGAAGAAAAAGACAACAUCAGAUGGGACAUGAGUGUCGUGAAACCUCUCAGUGUCGAGAUGCCUCGCUCCAUGGUGCUGGUGGUGACGUCUUGGAACAUCCCCAUGUCCCGAUGGCUGAAAACCUAUGUUUUUAAAAACGCAAUGAAACUGGGGACAUUUCCAGCCAUCCUGGUGACAUAUACAGCCAGCGCCCUACUGCAUGGUCUGAGUUUUCACCUGGGAGCCGUUCUGCUCUCUUUGGGAUUCAUCACAUACGUUGAACAUGUUUUGAGAAAGAAGCUUGCAUCCAUCUUCAGUGCCUGUAUCCUUUCCAGGCCCUGUAACCCCGGCUGCGGCCAUCAGCACAAGAAGGAGUAUUGGGUGGUGGCACUGAACCUGGCUUUUAGCUUCCUGGCAAUCUUCCACCUCACUUACCUGGGCUCUAUGUUUGAUCCUGGAGUUGAUGAACAUGAGUUAGAUGAGGGUUACGCAGCCAUCCACACCAUCCAGAGGUGGUCGGAACUGAGCUGGGCGAGCCACUGGGUUGUUUUUGCCUGUUGGGUCUUCUACCGUUUAAUACAGUGAUGGAUGGAACAGAUGACGAGGCAGGCAGACACCAAGUACUUAAGAUUACAAAAGGGUUUGUGAGUGAAUGUCAGGGUGUUUUCUGAUGGGAAUGAAUGGGGUCGGCUGGAAAGAACUUGUUGGACAGAGGGGUUACGGCAUCCGUACACAAAUAAAUGAUACUGAAGAAAUAAACCUCUUCAGACCUGCAUGUAGUUGUGACCAAUGCGAUAAGGAGAUUGGAAAUGUAGCACAUAGCUGCAGUAUACUGUAUGAGCCCUGUGCAUACUGGGCUAAAGAAUCAUUUCAGGACGUAUUGAAAUGAACUGCAGACAAGUCGUUUCCACUAUCUUGAAUACAUUUAAAUAAGAAAGAAAAAACACUUCAUUAAAGACCAAGUAAACUCAGCAUUUAGUUCAAACACUAGACAGCUAUUUGGACAAUCAGAUGAUCCUUUUUGUAUUGUUGCAGUUGGAAUGUUGGUGUUAGACAAUGUUCAUGUCCAAAAAUAUUUCAGCAUGUUUUAAGUUUACAUAUAUGCCCUGUUUAUAUGAAUCUCUUUGUUAAACUGGUGUUAUUUUUUUCUAUUAAAUAUUUUUCUUUUUUUCUUC